AUGUUGCCUAGGCGCCGCCGCUUUUUAUCUUCUCAGCCGGGAAACUGGCAGGUUAGGUCUUUUCUUCUCUUACUUACUUGCGAAUUGCGAUCUCUUGUGCGUUUUGUUGUGCUUAAUGUUCUUGUCCUCUUUCGUGCGGCCAGAGAUGUUGAAUUUCUCGAAUCAGCCACUAGGGUUGACCACCUCAAGGAUUUGGGUAAUGUUGUUCACUUCCUAACAGGAAGAGUUGGCUCUGAGACGCCUAUCAAGUGUGAGCGUAGUGGCAUUCUCGGUGUUAUUCUCGAGGAAACGGCAGGCAGAGCAACAUUUUCUGAAACGGCAUUGAUGAAGCCCGUGACUAAGGAAGCCCCUGGUCGUGUGAACGUAGUGGGAGCUCAAGGUGCAAUAGGCUUUUCCUUGACACUUGGAGGUGAAGCCUUUCAAACCUCAGAGCCGUCUUCCUUCGUUCGAGCGUCUCUUGAUUAUCUCCUAGGCCGCAAGAUGCUUGGAGUAAGGCACAUUGAGCGGCUUCUCCCAGUUGGUACUCGGCUUACCGUUGUUGGUCAGACUAUUAGGGAUGGUACUGGGGAUGUCAGGAUUCAAAAACCUGAGGGAGGGCCUUUCUACAUCUCGCCUGUACUGCUCGAUCAGCUCAUCUCAAGCUUAGGAAAGUGGAGGUUCAAGUAUGCCUCCAUGGGUUUAGCUCUUCUUGGUGUGAUUCUCAUCUCAAGGCCUAUCAUUGAAUAUAUUAUAGUAAGAAGUGGAGAGUUUCUAGAGACAGGGCGUCAACUGUUACGGAAGAGAUCUGUUGAUGCAGCUGCUAAGAGACACGAACGAGCGACUCAAGGUUUGGAGUUGGCAAGGCAACGUGAGAAGAGCUCUGUUGGUACAAGCAGAGAUGGCCCUGCAACUGAUCUCUGUGUGAUCUGCCUUGACCGGAAGUAUGACACGGCUUUUCUACAGUGUGGCCAUAUGUGCUGCUGCAUAACAUGUUCCUCGAAGCUGCGUGGGAAGACUUGUCCACUUUGCCGGCAACCAAUAAGACAGAUUUUGAGGAUUUAUUGCCCUUGA